AUGACAGCCCAGGAUUUUGUACUGAAGGAGGGUGCAAAUGUCCUCACUCCCCAGGACGCGCUCGAGCUUCCUCGGGCUGGUGGUGCUCUCGCCAACCCAUCUGGAGAUCUUGUCAUAGUUCCGAUUAGCAAGUACACCUUCGGGGACAGAAAGACCGCCCACUCUCUCGUUGUGGUCGCUCUUGAUUCCGGCCAAGAACCUCUAUCCUUUCCUCUGCCCAAUGGCGGCGAAGCUUUCUGGCUAGACGACGUCACCCUUGCUGUCGUCAUUGAGGCUGCAUCAGGAAAAACAUACAAUGUGAAUUUCGGUGAAAUACGCGUACUUUACUGGAAAUUCUACUGA